UCUAGCCUGUGUGGAAACAAACAGAAGCAGCAGGCAGAGUUAAGCGAAUGUGAAACGGGCCUGGACUAAAGCAGGACUUUAUCCGUGGUUAGGAUGUGGAUCAGCCCGGAGGAGGUGCUGCUGGCUAACGCGCUGUGGGUGAGUGAGAGGGCCAAUCCCUUCUUCAUCCUGCAGCGGAGAAAGGGACACGGAAAAGGAGGAGGCAUCACCGGUCUUCUGGUUGGCACGCUGGACGUGGUGUUAGACUCCAGUGCUCGUGUGGCUCCAUAUCGAAUCCUUCACCAAACAGGAGACUCUCAGCUCUUUUGGAGCAUUGCCUGUGGCUCAUCUCGCAAGGAGAUAACGGAACACUGGGAAUGGCUGGAGGCCAAUUUACUGCAGACUCUCUCCAUUUUUGACAAUGAUGAAGACAUCACUACUUUUGUCAAGGGCAAGAUACAGGGCAUCAUUGCUGAGGAGAAUAAGAGCCGUCAGGCUCAAGAAGACGAGGAUUGUGGGAAGUUUCGGGAGGCGGAGCUGAAGAUGCGGAAGUUGUUUGGGAUGCCAGAGGAAGAGAAACUGGUGAACUAUUACUCAUGCAGCUACUGGAAGGGAAGAGUGCCACGUCAGGGCUGGCUCUACUUGUCUGUCAAUCACCUGUGCUUCUACUCCUUUCUGCUUGGAAAAGAGGUGACAUUAAUAGUGCAGUGGACGGAUGUUACCCAGUUAGAUAAGAACGCCACGCUGUUAUUCCCCGAGAGCGUGCGGGUGAGCACUCGGGACACAGAGCACUACUUCUCCAUGUUCCUUAACAUCAACGACACAUUCAAACUGAUGGAGCAGCUGGCUAACAUCGCCAUGAGGCAGCUCCUGGAUAAUGAGGGAUUCGCUGCAGACCACUCGCUCCCCAAACCCUGCAAGACCCUCAAAAAUGUUUCUGCACUUAAAAGGGACCUGGACGCACGGGCAAAAAAUGAGCGAUACAGAGCUCUGUUCCGCCUGACGAAGGAGGAACGACUAGACGGUCAUACAGACUGCACUUUGUGGACGCCCUUCGCUAAGAUGCAUGUGGUUGGACAGAUGUUCGUCUCUAACAAUUACAUUUGUUUUGCCAGCAGAGAGGAGGACCUGUGUCAACUCAUCAUACCACUUAGAGAGGUGUCAAUAGUAGAGAAAGCUGACAGCAGCAGUGUUUUGCCUAGUCCUCUCUCCAUCAGCACUAAAAACAAGAUGACCUUCCUGUUUGCCAACCUCAAAGAUCGUGACUUCCUUGUUCAGCGCAUCUCAGACUUCCUGCAGCGAACGCCUGACAGACUCUGUAGCAUGACUGGACAAUCUGAGAGUCCAAGUCCCACCACCCCUACGUCACUUCCUUCAAUGCCGUCAGUCCUGGGGUCAAGCGAGGUCAUUCAGGAACGAUACUACAGCUCUAGCCUCCCCACAGCCAAGCAGGGUCUUCUCCACAUCUACCAGAAGGGCCGCCCUGAAGACCUGGGACCCAAAGCGACAAAAGAGAAAAUGAAGGAAGAAUCCUGGAAUAUUCACUUUUUUGAGUUUGGAAGAGGUGUGUGCAUGUACCGCACGUCUAAGACUCGAGACCUGGUCCUGAAAGGGAUUCCUGAGAGUCUGAGAGGAGAGCUGUGGCUGCUGUUCUCAGGUGCUCAGAAUGAGAUGGUGACUCACUCUGGAUACUAUGCGGAGCUGGUGGAGCAGGCCAUGGGCAGGUGCACUUUAGCUACAGAAGAGAUUGAGAGAGAUUUACAUCGCUCCAUGCCUGAGCACCAUGCCUUCCAAAAUGAGAUGGGAAUCGCUGCUCUUCGACGGGUACUCACUGCAUACGCGUACCGCAACCCGGGCAUUGGCUACUGCCAGGCUAUGAAUAUAGUAACGUCGGUGCUGCUGCUGUACUGUACUGAAGAGGAGGCAUUCUGGUUACUGGUGGCUUUGUGUGAACGGAUGCUGCCUGAUUAUUACAACACCAGAGUUGUAGGAGCUCUGGUGGAUCAGGGUGUGUUCGAGGAGCUGACACGGGAGUGUUUGCCGCUGCUGUAUGAGCACAUGCAGGAGCUCGGCGUGAUCUCCACCAUCUCCCUGUCCUGGUUUCUUACACUUUUUUUGUCAGUCAUGCCGUUCGACAGUGCUGUGUUACUGGUGGAUUGCUUCUUCUACGAGGGAAUCAAAGUCAUCUUUCAGGUAUCAUUGGCUGUGUUACAUGCUAACAUGGAGAAGUUGUUAAACUGCACAGAUGAAGGAGAGGCUAUGACCAUACUUGGAAGGUAUCUGGAUAAUGUUGUGAACAAACAGACAGUGUCUCCACCCAUCCCCCACCUGCAUGCCCUGUUAACCAGUGGAGACGAGCCGCCACCGGAGAUUGAUGUAUUUGAUCUCAUUAAGACGUCAUAUGAGAAGUUUGGAAGCUUGCGUGCUGAUGUCAUUGAGCAGAUGAGGUUCAAACAGAGGUUAAAAGUCAUCCAGUCUUUAGAGGAUACAGCUAAGAGGAGUGUGGUGAGGGCCAUCAUGACCGACUCAGCCUUUAGUAUUGAAGAGCUGGAAGAGCUGUAUGUCCUGUUCAAGGCCAAACACAUUAUGAGCUGUUAUUGGGGUGCGAGUAGCUCUGCUGCAGAGCGUCAUGACCCGAGUUUGCCCUAUCUCGAGCAGUACCGGAUCGACUGUGGCCAGUUCAUUCAGCUUUUCUCUGCUUUGGCCCCUUGGAGCUGCGGCAUGCACACUUCUACACUCGCUGCCCGCUUAUUUCGUGUCCUUGACCGCAACAAAGACUCCCUCAUCAACUUUAAAGAGUUUGUCACAGGCCUGAGUGGGAUGUAUCAUGGCGAUAUGACUGAGAAACUGAAGCUGCUUUAUAAAUUACACAUGCCUCCAGCUUUGUGCCCAGAAGAGGCAGAGUCUGCACUUGAGGCCACUCACUUCUUUACUGAUGAUGACACACCACAGGAUCCUCCCUCCUUGUCUCAUCUAGACUUCCUGGUCCAGGAAGUCACCUCAGGUGAGGAAGCUAAGGAGAUAGCUGAUGCAGGAGUAGAUCCUGAAGACAAGAAAGAGGAUAAAGUAAAGGACUAUAAGUAUUACUUGAGAAUGUGGGCUAAGGAAAGGGAACCCAAGAAGGAGACUAUUAAGGACCUGCCGAGAAUGAACCAGGAGCAGUUUAUCGAGCUGUGCAAGACCCUCUAUAAUAUGUUCAGUGAGGACCCUCUGGAACAGGAGCUCUAUCAUGCCAUUGCUACAGUUGCCAGCUUAUUACUGCGCAUUGGAGAAGUGGGCAAAAAGUUUACCAACAACGGUAGUAAGAAGUCUGAUGCACAGGCUCAGGCAGGAGGAGAGAUUCCAGCAAAAGAGGACAGUUUUGGUGAGGCUGGCUGUGGACAGUCCCCGGUGUCAAAGGCCCUGGAAGAGGCCCAACUAGAGACUCUGCCUCCUCCAGCCAAUGGGUCGGACGAAGAUGCGAAGGACGACACGUCCAUUUCAUCCUAUUCUGUGGUCAGCGCCGGUUCUUUGCAGUGUGAAGACAUUGCAGAUGAUACAGUUCUGAUUGGAAGUGCACUGGGUGGUGCUGGAAGUGGGAGUGGCAGUAGGCGUGGCAGUGCGCCGGAUGGUGAUUGGUCAAUAUCUUUUGAGCAAGUGCUUGCAUCGUUGCUGACCGAACCGCCUCUGGUAAACUACUUUGAGAAGAAGCAUGAUAUCAGGUUCAAGAUGGCUAUCUGUAGGUCUCAGAGGGCUGUAGAAAGACAGAUCAGUUCAUCCAGCGACCAUGAGCUAACCCAGCUCUCCACUUGAGGUUUAAUCAAAUGGGUGCCUGGUGUAAUGAAGGCACACUUGCUAUUAAUUCAGAGAUCUGACUCUAAUUUAUCACUAGUGUAUUUAUGCUCACCCUCUCGUUCUCACCACUUUUGGAGUGUACAGCACAGCCUAUACAUCUGCACUUUUGCUCAUGUGGCCUUUGUCCUUCCAGGUUGAACAGAUGAGCACUGUUUGUCUGCUGUUUGCAUGUCACCUGAUGGUUUGCUAGCCAGUGUUUCAAGUUUUACGUAGACCAACAUUUAGUUUAUUUUGCAUUAUUGUUUACCUCUGACUAGGCUAUGUGGCAUUGUACCAGUUGUUCGAGUUGUAGCCUGGCCUUAUCUGCACCUGCAUAUUCCUCAAUGUUGAGUCUUUUAUAAGAAUAAUUAUGAAUUUAGUUAGCAUGAAAAAAAAUCGACCAGCACACUAUCUUGUUCAGAUUUGAAAUAGGAAUAGUAAGCUUUACUUCAUAUCUUACAUAGCCUAAAAUUGUCAAAGGUAGUCUUGCACUAAAUGUCAUAUUCAGGAUGAUGAUUUAAAAUAAGAAGUGUCCUUUGUCAGAAAAGGAUUUGCUGAAAUCCACUUAUUACACCCCGUCCUUUUUUUGUAAAAAGUUGUUACACUACAUAUUUUUCUGUAGAAUAUUUUUCUGUUUAUUUUAAAGUGUCUCACCACAUUACUAAAAGGGACAACAAAAAGUUUAGCUAACUUGCUUGGUGGAAAACCAGGGGUUCAACAGCCACAUUAUUAUUAUAAUUAUUAUUAUUAUUAUUAUUAUUAUAACAGACUUCUAAGAACUUAUACAUUAGGAUCGAUAUCCCAGCUUUUAUUUAAGCUAUACUAAAUCUUUAGUUUUGAUAUUCUUAACACAUUAAUAUUCAUGCAAGUACAAUCAAUAAUGACUAAAUAUUAUUAUUAUUAUUAUUAUUAACUGAAGUACCUAAAAUGAUUAUCUUUCCACCAGGAAAAUCUAAUCUAUAGUUAUCCAUCAGCCCCUUAAUUAGUAGAGUUAUUAAAGUGAUGGUAUCUCUGGCAUUUGCUUUCCAGAUAUGCAGCAAUUCUCUUAAGCACUAGCUAAUAGUUAUAUUUUUUUGCUAAGAGCUAAAUAUUAUCUUGUAAAAUAUACAAAAUAUUUUAUUGAUGAAUAUAAUUGUAACAAUAUAAUUUUUGCUCUCUCCACAACAGUCCAUAGCUUAUUUAACAAAAUAAAUAGGUUUACAAUGGCUACACUGCAGUUUUAUAUGCCAAAAAGUUGGACUUUAUUUCAUAUAUUAGUUCUUGAAAAUUAUACUUUAUUCUAGUGUUUAAACCCCCUGAACCUCCUAUAAUUCAGGCAAACAAAUACAUUCCCGAUGUACAGUAGAAAUUAGAAUCAAAUUUUAGAAAUAGCAGUGUCCACUUCCCUGUUUUGUUUGUUUAGUGUAUGUCACUUUGGAAGCCUGAUGUCCUGAAAAUUUCAACCUCUACUUGUUUUAAUUUCUGACUGUUCAUGUGCAAAAAGAUUUCUCAUUUCCUAACAUUUUAUGUUCUGCCAGUCAUCUGGGACUGCUUUAUUUUAAUCUAACCCUUUGUUUAGUUAUUUAGUCUUGCUGCAUAUCUAUUCCUCAGGUACUGAGGUUUAACAGGCAGGUUGGGAAGAAAAAUUAUAAGAAUUCUUGCAUGGUACAAGACCAAAUGAUGCUGGCCGUAUUCUGUCAAUACUAAGAUCUUUAAAAUGUCUCAAAAGGCAGUAGGAGGUAAGAUUGUGUUUCAUUAUUUCAGGGAACUAGGAGAUGGGAAAACACCUGCUAUAAUUUGAAUAAGUAAUGCUAUAAUUUCUGUUUGCAGAUUUAUAUAAUUUAUAAAUCUGUACAUAAUCAAUCCGCUAAAACACUGUAAUUAUAAGCAUGUGUAAAUGUACAGUCCGGCCAGAUCACUACUGUAAAACAUUUACUAUUCCGUUGCUGUUCACGUGAACUUUAUUGUAAAUGGCUUUCAAUAACAUGAAUUGAUGUUUAGCUGUGAAAGUUUGGGGGAAAAGCUUGUUUAUUUGCUCGCCCUUGAUUUCAGACAGGUUAUUUUAAUUUAAUAAUAUAAUAUAUAUUAUAUCUAGUAAUAUUUCUGUCAAAGUAAAACAUCCAUCCAUCUUCAACCGCUUAUCCGAAGUUGGGUUGUAGGGUUAGCAGUUCCAGCUGAAAACCCCAAACUUUCCUUUCCCUGGCCACCGCAACCAACUCUGACAGGGGGAUCCUGAGGCAUUCCCAGGCCAGUGUGGAGAUCUAAUCUCCCCAGCUAGUCCUUGGCCUGUGUCGUGGCCUCCUUCCAGCUGAAUGUGCCAAGAGCGCCUUCCUGGAAGAGCGUCCUGGUGGCAUCCUGACGCCCAAACCACCUCAAUUGACUUCUUUCCGCGCAGAGGAGCAGCACUUCUACUCCAAGUUUCGGAUUAAUGACUAAGCUUCUCAUCCUAGUACCCUCCAGUUACCCUCACUUGUAUCUGGUAUCUUGUCCCUUUGGUCAUAAACCAAUGCUCAUACCUAUUGGUGAGGGUAGGAACAAAGAUCCACAGUAGAGUGAGAGCCUUUGGCUUAACUCUUUUCGCCACAACGGUGCAAAAAAUUUAAAGCAGCUCCACCCCUGCCCCAACAUCUCCUCACUUGUAAACAAGACCCCAAAAUAUUUGGCCUUUUUCACUCGGGGUAAUGACUUAAUCCCUACCUGGAGUAGAUGAUCCAUUGGUUUCCUUUUUUUAACCAUGGCCACAAAUUUAGGGUGCUGAUGCUCAUCACCUCCAUUUUACACUUGGCUGUAAAUCAAUCCAGUGAUUGAUCUAGCAGUCCCUUGGUGCCGCCCAAAAGUCCUUCUUCAUGGCUUCUCCAAACUUCUCCCACACCCGUUGCUUUACCUCUGCUACAGCUUUGGCUGUAGCUGCCGCCCUUUGUUGAGGCACCCAGGACCGUAGCUCACAGCCGUAGCUUCAGCAAUAGAAGCUUAGCACGCUCCCGACAACUAACCCAAGUUGGCCUUCGGCCUUUACUGUCAUCAACCUAGCAGCGCACAUGACCCCAGCAUUCCUCUCUUCUCUGCUCUAUCCAUGGGAUGGGGAGGAUGGGUAUUCAUGUUGCUUUUUUGAGCUCUGCCUGGCUCGCCAAAGUGGCAGACCCAGCCACCAGGCGCUCGCCGACGGGCCCUUUGUCCAGGCCUGGCUCCAGUCAAGGGCCCUGGGCUUCCUCCAGGCAGGGUCAGCUCUUUCCCUCCUCUCUUUUUCAUGGGGUCUGAUUUAACCCAUUCAUAGUCUGAUCCCUUGCCUGAGACCAAUCUGCCUUUGAAGGCUCUACCAGGAGCACACAGCUCCCCAGCUUAUAAGGGAACGCAAACCUUUCAACCUUGAUAAAGUGAUGGUUUCCGUAGAGGAACCAAAGUGAUAUUAACAGUAUUUAAUCCAUACUACUAGCUCAUUUAAAAUGUUUUUAAAAUUUGUCAUCAUUGAUCAGUACUGUAUUAUACUGUGUAAUAAAUAAACAAGUUAU